AUGACGUCAGACCCCACAAAGAUACACUCCAUCGGGCUGAUGUGCAACAGUUCAACAGGUGUGAAUCUAACGAUGACAAGCACCUGUCCAGGUUCCAAAUGCCCAGAUAAUCACGUGAAUGUGGGAAACAACCCGACCUUUGACCCUUUCAGCCCUAAUGUCUACAAAUCGUGCCGUGAUGUCAUCAGCGGGGAAACAAGAAAGGUCGUGACCCUUACAUCCGGGCUAAUCGUCAUGUGUGACACAGUGACAGACGGUGGAGGAUGGACCAUCUUCCAAAGACUUGUGUCUGGGACCGUAGAUUUCUACCGCGGCUGGGAGGAGUAUAAACACGGGUUUGGGGAUUACGGCAUGGGGGAAUUUUACCUCGGCAAUGAAAACAUUUUCUGUCUGACUUCUAAAGCUGCACAUGAACUUCGGGUUGAUCUAGUCUACAACGGGACCUACUACGCCAAAUACUCCAGCUUUAAACUGUCCAACGAGUCUGUGGGUUACAAGCUUUCUAUUUUGAAUUACACUGGCAACGCUGGAGACUCUCUAGUAGAACACAACAAUCAUAUGUUUACAACUUUCGACAGGGAUAACGACGGGGUGACUAUCAACUGCGCGGUGAAGUACAUAGGGGCGUGGUGGUACUCGGCUUGUCACACCUCUAACCUGAAUGGCCAAUGGGGAAACAUCAACUAUGGAAAAGGCCUGAGUUGGCAGACUAUAACUGGCUACUACGAUAACGUGUUGGUCUCGGAAAUGAAAUUUAGACAAAUAAUUUAG